AUGGCUUUUUAUAAGGAUAGUUUUUAUGUUGCUAAUCGUGAAGGUGAAUCACUUGAUGAUCUUGAUUCUUGUGAUCGUUGGACUUGUUCAUUGCUUUCACCAACUGAUCAGAAAAUGUUUACUGGACAUAGUUCAUUAACUGGUCAUGAUGAUGAUGAUGAUCCAUUAUCAAAAGCAUCUUUUCAAAUCGUUAAUCUUGAUGGAACAAAUCAAUCGACAUUUACUUUUGGACCUCGAAAUCCAACAAGUUUAUCAAUUCAUCCAAUAAGUGAAGAAUUUUAUAUUGCAUGUCAAGAACGUGAUGGAAUUGGUGACGAUCUUGUUUCAAAUUUUUUUACUUGA